CAGGGAGGCUGUGCCUGUCCCACCAAACGACAGGUCUCUGUAACACACAAAAUGUAGAUCUACGGGACAAAAAAUCAUUUCAGUCUUCAACCUACUCAGAUACUAACCAAGCCAUGUACAGCUCUGACAGAGCCUUUGAUAAAAAUUACGCAACAUGUUCAAACACUAAUGAACGUGAACUGCCUUACUCCUGGUGGAGAAUUGAUCUGCAGGGUGUUUACAAUAUUUCCUGCAUCUCUAUAUACAACAUAAAAGCAGAUCAUUCUAAUAUAACAGGGGCCAGGAUCUACAUUGGGAACUCUUUACAGAACAACGGCACCAACAGCAAGUGGGUUUGCAAUAUCACCAACUUCACAUGGAACGAAAACAAUCUCUACUCGUUUGAUCCAGUACAAGGGCGCUACAUCACUGUACUUCUUCCAGAAAAGCACCCUGCAGUUCUAUGUGAAGUGAACGUCACAGGCGAAGAGAUAAGAUCUCCCUUUAAAUUGAUAAGGGAAAACAAGACCUGGGAAGAAGCCCUGUACUACUGCAGAGAUAAGCACAGAGAUAUGGCCUCAAUCCUGGAUGAACAGAUGCAGACCUUUGCUGAGCUCGAGGCUGAGACGGCCAACAGUACCUUUGUGUGGCUUGGCCUUCGCUACACCUGCACCCUGGAGUUCUGGUUUUGGGUAGACGAUAAUAUUGUUGAGUUUAAACGCUGGUAUCAGGGUGGCCCAGAAGACGAGUGUGACAUGAGUGGAGCCAUGGAGACACAGGGAGACCAUUUCUGGUUCAGCAAGGCUGAUUAUGAAGAGUAUAAUUUCCUCUGUGCAUUGUGAGAAAACAACUGUAAAUUGUGCCAUGAGACAGGUGAUAGCAGUGGCUUUGUCAGGUUAUGGUAAUCAUUCUUUAAAUGUAUCUUGGUAAAGGGACUUCAGUCUGUGCUCACAUCAAACUCACCUUCUUCCUAUCAGUUCCUUCUGUUACCACUGGUAAUCAAGCAACAAGCAUCUAUUGUGUACUUAUUAAAUGUUUUAUCAGGAAUGAUAACCAACUUAGCCAUAAAAAACACACCAUAAAAACUAAAUAAAACAAUUAUAAAUUUG